CUGCAAUCCCAGACCGGGCACAAGCUCUUCUGUGCGGCCGAGACAGGGGCGCAGGGCUCGGUCAGAUCACCUCCGACCCACCGCUGCUUGAGCUCGGUUUUUCCGCAGAGUACAGGCAGACUCCGGGCGGCAGGGCACUCUCCCUGAGGCGGAUGUGAGAGCAAACUGCGUGAGUGGGCAGGCCAUAUUUAUACAGUCUAUGGGGCAGACUUUACGCACAGUUUAUCUGGUAGAUGCGCUCCGCGUUAUCAGCCGUGGACACGCGCUGCCGCUCCUCCAUCAGGCUGUGCGCGCAUCAGUUUCUUCAGGAGGAACCUGUUUAGAUAGUGUAGAGUUUGUCAGGUUGUCGCCUGUCGUCGCCUCUUGUAGGAGUUGAAGAGUUACGGCCACAUUGCAGACUAUUGAGUCAUCCCAAAGCAGCGGGUUCUUACAUCAGAGGAGCCUCAUGUCCCACAGAGAGCUCUCAGCUGAGAUCGUCAUGUCUCGCCGCAGCACACGUCUGCUCUCGGGAGGAUACUAUCACUCAGACGAAGAGUCGGACUCGAGCAGUGUCACCACCAUCUCCUACAGAGAGAACCCCGUCAAGGUGUUUAAGAAGAAAAGUGGAGGACGAAAGAAGCGCUCAGAGACAGAUGUGAGUCCUGCCAGCUCCAGGAACAGUCCGGAGGGGGCACAGGACGCUCCCUCUCCUACCUGGAGUGCUGUCUCCAGACCGGCCUUGCGGAGCCCCGCCCCUGUCCCCCUCUCUGCUCCACGUGCACCUCCCCCCUCUGGCCCCUCUGGCCCCUCUGGCCCCUCUGGCCCCUCUGGCCCCUCUGGCCCCUCUGGCCCCUCUGGCCCCUCUGCCUCCGGGACCCACAGGAACAGGCCUGUGUUACACUUCCAGCUCCAGUCAGAACGUGCCCACAGUGGAGUGGACAGUUCAGGGUACUCUUCAUCUGAGGACCCCCACAGGAGCCACAGAAGCUGCAGCAGUGGACCAGGGAGCGGUUCAGGAGCCCGGACAGUCUCCAAGGCGUGGCUCACCAAGGCUGCGUCCAGCCUCAAAGACUUGGGAGCAGUGGUCCAAUCCAGUGGCAAUAGACUCAUCCAGCUGGCCAGCUCUGGUUGGCCCUUCACACCGGCUGUGGGUGUCACGAGUGUCACAGGUGUCACGGGUGUCACGGUUGUUUUCACAGCAAAGCCCUCGCCCAGCGCUUGGAUGAAGAAACUGUGUGCUCUGCUCCUCCUCCUCCUCCUCCUCUUCGGUGCCUGGUGGACCUCCAUCCUCUUUGGACUGAGCUUCAGGAGUGGACCCUCUGUGAUAGUCCCUGAUGCGACCCUUUCUGGUCCUCAGCCUGCUUCACUGGACGCUGCUGCUGUGUCUGCUGCUGUAGAGGCAAACCUGCAGCAUAUUCAGAGAGAAAUGCAGCUUAAACAUGACCUCCUUCUGGCCGAGUUGAAGCGGCAGGUGCAGACGGAUCUCCGGGUCCUCAGACAAAUCAGUGAGCAGAAGGAGCAGAGGCAGGAGGAGGAGCAGCAGCAGGAGCAGCAGCAAGAGCAGCAGCAGGAGCAGCGCCUGUUGGAUCUUCAGUCCACCCUGCAGCAGCUCAAGGCCCACAGUGAGAGGGCUGCAGAGGAUCUGCUCCUGAGGCUGAGCGCGCUGGAGGAGCAGGUGUACCAGAUGGAACAGACACCGGCCCCCCUCCCAACCCCCGUCUCGGCCCCCGUCCCGGUCUCCUCCCUGUCCCCAGAGCUGGAGCAGGCACUGGAUGCGUGGCUGACCCGCCGCCUGCAGGACCAGGCUGCUGCCCACGCGGGGAUCUCGGGGACCUCGGGGACCUCGGGGACAUGUGGGACCUGUGGACGUCCUCUAGCAGACAAGAUGGCCGACUUUGCCCUAGAGUCUCAGGGGGCCAGCGUGGUCAGCACUCGUUGCUCGGAGACAUACCGGACGCGCUCGGCCUGUGUGUCCCUGUUUGGCCUGCCGCUGUGGUACCCUUCAGAGAGCCCCCGCACAGUCAUUCAGGGUCCGGCUGUGCUGCUCCCGGGGAAGUGCUGGGCGUUCCAUGGUGUUCAGGGCACUCUGGUCAUCGCUCUGUCUCAUCCAAUCAGAAUCAGCCAUGUGAGCCUGGACCACCUGCCCCGCCACAGCUCCCCUACUGGCCGCAUCGACUCAGCCCCCAAGGACUUCCAAGUCUACGGCAUGACUAAUGAAACAGAGCAGGGGACAUUACUGGGGACCUUCAGGUACGACGAGGAUGGGGAGCCCACACAGACCUUCAGCCUCUCUGGCCUCACUGAGUCAGUGUACCACAUGGUGGAGCUGAGGGUCCUGUCAAACUGGGGCCGUGUGGAGUACACGUGUGUGUACCGCUUCCGUGUUCAUGGACAACUGGCCUCCACAUGACAUGUAGCUGUUCAUUAGGAAUCAGCUGUGCAGUCUCUGUUUCUUAUUUAUUACAAAGAUGAAUAAAAUAUAUUGGUAUUUUCUCA